UGUACCCUCCAGUACCAGGACACGGCCACCCAGCAUUAUCUUCCCUAUGUGGACUUUGAGCUGUCUGAGGACACACAGACCAUUCUACAGCUCCCAGAGGUCAAGGUCAUAAACACCAGUGACCUUGUGGUGGCCCAGACAUGGCGGGUCCUUAUCCAUAACACCAUGCUAACACAUAACAGCUCAAGUGAUGAGGAAGCGACUCCCGUAUCUGACCUGGCAAUUCUCCCAGAAUCCCUUGCUGCUUCAAUGUGCGUUGACUCCUGCUAUGUUCCGAGCCUGAUUCCAUCUGUUCAGGUCUACCUGUCUGUGCCUGCUGUUGAGGUCCACCUCCAGAACCACCUGACCUACUUGGGAAAGGAGGUUCCAGAGAAGCUACAGCCAUUCAUGUUUGACAGAAGUUGUGUGGAGGAUCAAGAGUUUGCUGUCCUCUCAGCUCGUCAGAUGACGGUCACUGCAUCAGUAUUGAAUGGACCACAUGCCAGCACCUGUAUACAGAUGAAUGGUUCUCCGGAGUUAGAGGUCAUUGAGUACAAAACACUGACCAGACAGAGGGUAGUUAGACCGUUUGAGAUGUACGCUGACAUCACCUACACACCUGGCACAGUGAGCCCCCUAGUGGAGAGUAACGUAACUGUUGACCCAAUGAUGCUGUCUGUUGGGCGUGGAACUGUCCACACUCUCAGUAGUGCAUCACAGGCAUGGAGUCAGAUUUUGUCAAACAAGGGGGAUAACUCGCACAUUGUCUACAGCCACUAUGUGAUAUGUAACGACACUCAUCACACUAUCAGAUUUGGACAGGUGGGGACAGAAGAGAAUCAGGUGCUCAUGUCUAGGAAGAUGCACUGUUACAGUUGGCGAACCCACAAAUCUAAGCAGCAACUACAUGUGUGUCUAGACGGGAAGGUGUGGAAAUGGUGUGAGCCGUUUGAUAUUGAGAGUGACUGUAAAAUUGUGCGGACAGUGCGGACAAAUGACCAGAUCUACAGCCUUAUCAUCUACAUUCAGCAACUGACCAACGUCCAGAAACAGAUAAAGGUUAGAGGUCAGCUGAUGUUGUUCAGUUGUUUGACCUUACCAUUUGAGGUCAAGGUCAACACAACAACCAGUAAUGAUGGAUAUGACCUUGAACUUCAUCACAAUCAACAACUUCCAACAUUUGUCCUUGAACCUGAGGAGGUGAGAAGUAUCAAGCUCCGCCCACUAGGUUCCCAUGGUAACUGGUCACAUGAUAUCUAUAUUACCGGAGACAGGAUGAAGGAAAACAGAACUGUCAAGAUCCAACAGCUGGACUCAUCACACUUCCAUAUAUGGUGUCGGGUCCUGUGUUCUCACUUCAAAAGCACGAUUAACACAAAGGUACUGCUCAGCCCUCUGUAUGUGUUGCGAUCACAUCUUCCACGGCCCGUAUUUGUCAAAUUGGACACUCCAAAACUGAAAACACAACAACAGCUAGAGAUCCCGGGUCAAGGGAGAGAACUACAACUGUACUGUUCUGGAUCUGACGUAUCUCACUCACUCAACUUUAAACUCAAAAAUGAUGAAGAUGAGACAUCCAGCCAGGCCCUCGCACUGACAACUGGUCUGAUCUCACAAGUAGAGCGGGCAGUGGUUGAAAAACAGGACACAGACAAACUGUGUCGGCUGUGGACAGUUAAUCACCCUAAGGAUUGGCCAUACUGCUUCCAGAACAACGACAGCUAUGACAAUGAAUGUGAGGCUGUUUACACAGCGCCAUCUGGUGAUAAUUGUAUGGAAUCAUUGGACAUCUCCGACGUGGAUGCUGCCGACCUUACAAUGACCUUGAACAUAAACUUAUCCGAAUAUUGGCCAGGAUCUAACACACUUCUAGUGAACCUGUCACCGUGGUGCCUCAUGACCAACCAGAGUGACCUUGACCUUAUGGUCAUGGAUACCACCGGGUCACAAUGGACAUUGCCCUCUGGAAAGACAUACAGUCCUCCUAGGUUUGAGGGGGAGAUAAUGCUUGGCCUGCGGAUUGGCAGUGGUGUGGUCUGUACCGGAAGUAUACCUCUGUCUGACGAGGAAGUAGAUCUACAGAGAUAUAGACCAGAUAUAGGACAGGUGUUGUAUCUGGACGGAUAUGUACACACCCGAAUCUCUGUCACUCAGGCCAACACAGUCAAGGUGUACUUUCUCACAGUCCAGUCCUCGGUUCGACACAGAAUGCGAGUUAUUACUAUUCUGGAGUCCAUGUGUAUCACUAACCUAACGGGACAACCCUACCAGGCACUGUUACAGUGUGUCUGUCCCAGGACAGGGCAGGUUCAAAGAAUGGCUACUUCAAUGGGUGUUUGUAUACCCGACCAUGCGAAGGUCAGUAAACAGGAAACUGACCUCUUCCCACUUCUCCAGUGGUCACAUGACCAGUCACAUGAUACUGUCCAGCUUCAGGAAGAAGAUUCAUGGAUUCAUUACAUAAUCCUUCAAUCAAUCAAAACAGAAGCAUGUCACACUUAUUCUGAUUGGUCAAAUCCUGUUCGACUUUUAGCCAAUAGAAAUGCAGUUCGAACUACAGUGUCAGUCCCAAACAAAAGGUCAGGACUAUUUACAGAGCCGGUGUGUAUUACGGGGCAGGAGAGGAAUGGUGUGGCCUACUUUGUGAUGUGGAAGGACAAAUCACCGUCUUGUUUACUCCAAAACUCCACUAAUCUGCCAGUGUACUAUGGCCAUCACAAUGCCAAUAUCACGUCUCCGAGUAAGUACAAAUCUGGAAUUUCCCUGUCAGAGAAAUCUACUUUGUUAUCACAACUCGGAGUAAGUACAAAACUGGAAUCCCUGUCAGAGAAAUUAACUUUGUUAUCACGACUCCGAGUAAGUACAAAACUGGAAUCCCUGUCAGAGAAAUUAACUUUGCUAUCACGUCUCCAG